UUCGCGCGACCGACGAACCGGUUCGCGGUAUCGAGUGUUCGCGGCCAUCACUGGCUGCAGAAAGAAGCGCGAUUCGUCGGUUUGAACAGGGUCCAGAGAAGUUUGAGUCGCAACAUCGUCAGGGGAUUUUAUGACUGAACUUCAACAGGUUCUUCAACGGCAGGCAUCUGUGGACAAGCCUGAACCGUGAAGGGGAACUCGCCUCCCUGUAGAGGGCUCGAACAUGGCAAGUCGUGUAUUGGUGCCACAUCGAUACUCUGUCUUUUUCAAUCAGCUUCCGCGAUCAUCCGUGAAAUUCCACCCGAAGUUCCGGCAAAAAAGUUAUUGGCACGGCUUAGGAUCGAGACCCCUUCUGAGUUCGACCACCUACGAUGUACUCAAGAAGUCCGCGGACGCCAAGGGAGCCAGCCCCGCCGUCGUUUCUUGUCAUCAGGGAAUCGAAGUCGAUUACAGUACCUUCAAGAAAGACGUCGACACACUGGCCGCUGGGUUAGCAGCCUUCAAGUAUUCGGUGGGAACGAUGGCCGGGAUUCUCGCCCCUAAUAUCUACGAGUGGAUGGUCGUGCAGUACGCCACGGCGAAGUUGGGAUGGGUUUUAGUGAACUUAAAUCCAGCCAUUCAAGCUCCAGAACUAGAGUAUGCCUUGAACCUAGCCCGCUGUGAGCUUUUGAUCGUCUCGGACGAAUUCUCGGUCCAAAAUUUCCAUUCGAUACUUCAAGUCCUGAUUCCUGAUCUCGAUGUCUCGUCCCCUGGCCAAAUCGAAUCGUCGAGGGUUCCACAACUAAAAACCAUCAUCAAUAUCGGUUCAGAACAAAAAAGCGGCUGUAUCCGAUAUACUGAUGUUCUUGCCUCGGCGACCGCGGCAUUGGAGAACCUCGCUGACCAGGUCAAUUCGAGUCUUGACAUGGAUUCGAUUGUUAAUGUGCAAUUCACAUCGGGCACCACCGGGAAGCCGAAAGCUGUUCCCUUGACUCACCACAAUAUUGUAAACAACGCCUCCACUCUCGGACAUUGGUCAGGAAUAGCAGAAGACUCGCAUGCUGCAAUUUGUCUAAAUGUGCCCCUGAUACACUGUUUCGGCUGCGUCAUUGGAUCCUUGAACUCGGUCAUCCAUGGCGCGAAAAUAGUCCUCCCAGCGCCUCGCUUCAAUGCGAAGGCCGCAUUGUCGGCGAUCUCAAAACAUAAAUGCACUAUAGUCUACGGGACGCCGACGAUGUACGUGGACAUGCUUUCCGAGCUGACGCCGGAUCACAAAUUGGACUCUCUGAGCACUGGACUGAUGUCCGGAUCGCCCUGCCCUCCCCUCCUGCAGCGCAAGGUUGCCGACAGAAUGGGGAUCAAGACGCUUCACAUUGCGUACGGAGCCACGGAGCUGAGCCCCGUCACGACUUUCACUCGACCCGAUUCUUUGAUGAAGCGUCCCGAUACCGUCGGGCAACCGAUCGAUCACACUGAAGUCAAAGUCGUUGACAAAACAGGCAAAGUGGUUCCAUUUGGUGUCCGAGGCGAGCUUUGCUCUCGGGGCUAUCACGUGUUUGGGGGUUAUUUGAACGAGCCGGAAAGGAGCGCGGAAAUUCUCAAGGAUGGCUGGUAUCACUCAGGAGAUGAAGCUACAAUGCACGAAGACGGCUUGAUAACGAUCACUGGCAGAAUUAAAGACAUGAUAAUCCGAGGAGGCGAAAAUAUUUAUCCGACUGAAAUCGAGGAUCAUCUUCUCAAAAUGCCCGGGGUCACAGAGGUGAACGUGUGCGGUGUGCCCGACGGCAGACUUGGCGAGGAAGUCUGCGCGUGGAUAAAAGUUACCGCCGGUCAUUCAAUCGCCGAGGAAGAUGUUCGGAAAUUCUGCAAGGGACAGCUGAGCCACUACAAGAUACCUCGAUAUGUUGUAUUCGUUGACUCAUUCCCGAAAACCCUGUCGGGAAAGAUUCAGAAACAUGUCAUGCGCCAAGAAAUGUGUCGACGCCUAGCCGUCAACGACCGAUUCUGAAAGAGACACCUGAGGCAUAGAGCUUACAUUCCAUCAUGUUGACAAGUGCGCUCUCCCGGACCCUCAGAUGGAAUCGCGGAGGGUUGGGCUCAAAUCCAUCGCA